AUGGCUCCGUUCAGUCCGACGAAUACGGCGAAUACGGCACAAUCUAGCAAGGAUUCGGAUCCCUCUGGUUCGCCCGCCCCCGAAGAUGAUGUCACGCUGGACAUGCUCGCCGAUCCCACCUAUCCGGGGCAGAAACCCAACUAUCCGUACCCUAUUCUCGUGAAGGCUGCGAUCCUCUCAAGCGCGAAGAGACGCUUGACGCUGCAAGAGAUCUAUCUUGCACUUCAAUGUCGAUUCCAGUGGUUCAGGGACAACGCGAAAGACAAGGCUUGGCAGAAUUCCAUUCGCCACAAUCUGUCUCUGAACAAGCUGUUCCGCAAGAUACCUCGGGACAUCACUGAGCCUGGCAAGGGUAGCUACUGGACUGUCGACGUUGGGGCGGGCGCAGGCAACAAACGCGAGCGCAAGCGC